AUGGUGGCUUUUGGUUUAAGCGAUAUUUCCUAUGUUGAUCGGAUUGUGCAUGGUGCUCACGCGGUCCCUCGGUCUAUUCCUGCUCUUCGUGGGUGGUUGUCACCCUUACUACGUCAGCGUGAGUUCUCUGAGAUUUGGAGUGGUGGGUUUGGCCUUGGUGUCAUUGAGCCCCCGACGCAGGGUUGUGAUGGGGGGGAUGAAGGUGAUAAUAUCCCGCCUGUUCAAUAUGGCCCCAUGGCAACAAUGUACGUUCUUGCAAGUGAUAUAUCUCCAAUGAAUACACGCAACGCACUGCGUUUGCGAACUCUGAGAGCGUAUGACAUCCAAGAAAGGAAGUCGUCUUCCGUACUCAAAUCCAAAGAAAUUGUGUUCCAUGAUCAGCAGAGCACAUUUUUGCAUGCCCACAUACCCAAGGAAUUUGUAGACAAAUUCCGGACGACUUUUACAGAAGGCAAAGUUUACGGUGUUAAUAACUUUGUGGUCAUCACUAAUUUCUACUCUUUCAAGACCAGCCCACAUAAAUUCAUGAUAAAGUUCAAUUAUCAAACUGUUGUAAAAGAGUUGAAGGAUGUAAUUGGUCGUGUGGUAGAGAUACAUGCUCCCCAGGAGAAGAUAAUAAAUGGCAAAAACUCAAGGUUGAUCGACUUUGUAAUUGAGGAUUCUGAUGGUAUUCAAUUGGGUUGUACUGUAUGGGAUGACCACGUAAACAAAGUGGAAGUGUACUACAAUUCGGCUACUGAAGAACCAUUAUUGCUUUUAAUACAGUUUUGUAGAGCUAGACCCUGUUUGAGAAGUGGUGAUAUCAAAAUCUGUUCAUCAUAUGAUGUUACACAACUCCUAUUCAAUCAACAAUGUCCAGAGUUCAUGCAGUUUAGAGAAAGUUUGGGCCUUGAACAAACUCCGAUGAGGAGUAUUGUUUCACAGUCCAGUUUCAACCCUGGAAGUUCAUACACUGUCUCCCUCAAGGAUGAUUUGCAACUAAGAACUUUGACAGAAGUGUAUGCAAAGAAAGAGUUUGGAGAGUUCUGGGUAGCUACUCGAAUAAUUUCCAUUGACUGUGAUGGCGAGUGGAUUAAAAUCAGGGUUGUAGACAUAAAGGGAAAUGCUCCCUUUGUCAUGUGGGAUAGGGAAUGCACUGAGUUGUUAGGUAUGAGUGCACUGGAAUUGAAACAGAAAAAUUCUCAGGGAAAAAAUGGUGUGCCUGCUGAAAUUCAAGCAUUGGUUGGCCUCAAUCUAAUUUUCAGAAUUGCGGUUCGAAGGGAACAAUUUCUAAACCUCCUAAAUGUGUUUUCUGUGAUGAGGAUUAUCAAUGAUGUUGAAAUGUUAGAGCUACAUGCCCCACAGUUGAUGCUCGGAAGGGAUAAAGACCUUAACUCGAAGUUGGAACUUGAGCUUACAGAAGAAGAUCUUUGGGAGGAUGAGGAUGAGUUGGAUGUCAAUGAAGCCGAGAUUCCUCUCCAGGCUAUUCCUCUUAAUCUCACUGGUGAUGGCUAUGAAGCAGGGCAGUUAAAAGGUCAUUGA